AUUACAUCCGCAUGGAUUAAUGAAAGAUAAAGAUGCCAACUGUGAUAGUGUUAGAUGUUUCUCUGUCUAUGAGUAGACCUGUCGUCAUCCCGGACUGUUCAGAAGAAUACCAAAGAAAACAUUUAGCAAUCCACGGAAUCAACUGCUUCCUAGAUUACUUGUCCAGCAACUUCAAAUUAGAAUUCACUUCACUUUUGGUGUUUUCCUUUCUGUGGGAACAACUUGUUCCUUUUACAAGGAACUAUGAAACAAUAAAGUCAGCUCUGAACAGUGUGGAAGAGUACAACAAGACCUGUAUAGAGGCUGGCUUAACAGGUGCUUCAUCUGUAGUCACAGAGGAAUGGAACUCUGUCACCCCUUCACAGGUAAUCCUUGUGACAGAUGGUAGAACAGGCAUUGGGCAAAGAUCUUUGAAAAAUUCUCUUGAAACAUGGAACCAAAGGGAAAAUGGUGAUGAAAAAUUCCCUCUGCCUUUCAAGUUUCCUUGUAAAUUGCACAUUAUGAUUAUCAGCAGUCCGAAUGACCCAGACAUCAAAAGUUCUCUCCCUUUGUUUGAAAAACUUAUUGAGAUUAAUGGUCAGGGGGGAGAACUGUGUGUGCCAGACAAUACCUUAACUCUUCAGUCUGUGGAAGCCAUGUUUACAAGGAUACAGGAAAAGUUUUAUCAGCCUUACAAUGGGACACUGAAAUGUGGAAACUUCAAGUGUUCAGUGCAGUUGUUUCCACCUCCAGAUCCCUAUGAUUUGAUACAGGAGUUUGAAGAAGUUCAUCAACAAGUAAGCUCUAACCUAGAGAUCUUGGGAUUCAUUGACAUAGCGGACAUUGCCAGCCCUCAAGCUUUAUCUCGACAUCUCGUCCUGCCUCUCCCAAACAAAGACACCAAGACUUCAGAUAGUGAAGUGGAGAAUAAAAAGGAGGAAGAAGAUGCCGUGCAAGAAGAGGGUAAGAUUCCAAGUUUUACUGUUCUCCUACACGGAAGUCUCAAAGUGGAGGGUAUGGUGGCACUGACACAGGUGGCAGAGAAUUGGUAUGGUAUUUUGUACUCCUGGGCAGACAGCAAGAAGAAAAGUAAUCUGAUGCUAAGUUUAUUAGAGCCAGGUCCAGAGCCAAUAAGUUGGAUUGGCAAUAUUGCUAAUCUGGCCCCUAUAUCAGACUUUACUGAACCACCCUACGGAGAAGAUGAUAACAAAACUCCGUUUCCCAUCCGGCCAGCAGAGAAACACAGCUACGCUCAGAGUUGUGUUGUCUGGAUUAAACCUUCUGGACUCCAGGCCGACAUACAAAAAGUGUUGAGACAUGCUAGGAAGCUUCCAGAGAAACAUCAGCAGUUUUACAAGGAAUUAAACAGACUCAGAAGAGCUGCAUUGUCAUUUGGAUUUCUUGAUCUGCUUGAAGCCAUGGCAUCCAUGUUGGACAGGGAGUGCACAAUGCUGCCCGGAUCUGCUCAUCCAGAUGCAGCACUCCAGCUUACCCAUGCUGCUAAUGCUCUGCGGAGCGAGAGUGCCACAGAUAUUGCACAAAUGAUUCUUCCUUUAAGAACUAAUUUCAAUCAGGAUACAUCUUGAUUUGUUGCCAAGAAGUUAUGUACAAAAAAUGUACAGAAUUACAGUGAGACAUUGAACAGACAAAGAUCACAUGCAAAGUGGUGAAGGUUUAAGGGAAUGAAAGUGGACUGUAUAAUAAUGAUGGAAUAUACAGAGUAACAGCAAUGCUAUGUAUUUGUUGUAUAAUUGGAACAUCAAAACAAGGCUGGUAGCAUCAUUUGGGGGGUAAUUAACAGUAACCCUCAUUCUCAUUGUGUAUUUGUUGUAUAGUUGGAACAUUGAAACAAGGCUGGUAGAACCAUUUGGGGAGUAAUUAACAGUAACCCUCAUUCUCAAUGUCUGGGUUUCUGUUGGUCAAAUAAAGAGGUCAGAAGAUCUAAAUGAUA